UAAGUAGGCAAUCACGACACGCUUAGUCCAAGGCCUCCGGGUGAAAGAGCCAAACGAUUAUUCAACUGCUGGGACACUACGUCCCGAUUAUUCAACUGCUGGAAACGGAUAUAAAAUGAUCAGCGACUCGCUGGUCGAGACGUGACACUACGUCCUAACCGUCCUCUAAGGCCCCAAACCCCCUCCCCUCCCACCGGCAAAGAGUAGACAGCAGGCUCCGGAUUUCCUCAUAUUCUGCUUCUUGCGCUAUUCGACUACAUAGUGUGAAGUCGACAUUCCUGGGAACAACCGUCCAGAGUAGACAGCAGGCUCCGAAUUUCCUCAUAUUCUGCUUCUGGAGCAUUCAACCACACAGUCCGAAGUCACCAUGCCUAGGGCCAGGCGUCCAGAGUCUGUCAGGCUCUCUCGAGAUGACUGGGACGACAUGCUCACCUAUCUGGAGUACGCCAACUCAAAUCAUGUCAGUGCUAUAACGUGGGACGUUCACUGGACGCCAACACACGGCGAAACCCGAUCCUACUCGAAACGAACAUUUCACAUCGGAGUUCGCUACGCGAACGGCCGGUACUCUUCAUGUAUUCUUGUUGACACGGUUUCAUGGGAUGAAGUACCCGUCGAAGGCACCAUUCACCAUUGGGGAACCACUCCGCCGAAUUUGGGCGAAAUUGUCGAACACUACCGGACGCUAUACAAAGUCCAACCCGCUUCGAGUAACCUUAGAUAUCAACCCAGACAAAACGACGACAACAAUGGUGGCGCCGGCGCAUCUGGCGGCGGAUGGAAGAAGGAGGUGAAGAAAGAUGACUACGGCGGAUAUUUUUACAUUGGCGAAGACGAGGAAUAUCAUGCUUGCGACUCUGAAGGGAAUGAAAUUCAGACGACGGACAGGAAGACUGGAUACCGGACCUCGAACCCUCGUGGCAUCGUCGUGGUCUUUGCUGACUCUCGGAAUCAGACAUAUUAUUACUCCCACGGAAAACCUAAAAGCUGCUCGCUGAAGGAAGAUCCAAGGUCGGGUACGUAUUAUUUCGUCGAUGACAUGGGCAGGGAGCGCGAUGCUCAGUACGCGGGGACGAAACCGCGGUGGAUGGGCGGGUACUCUGCGUCUCGGAGCAGCUAUGGACAGUCAUCUGCGUCUCGGAGCAGCUAUGCGCAGCCAUCUGCAUACUCGUCGUAUGGUUCCCACUCAUCUUACGACUCAUCUUCCAAGACCUCGCGAGUACAGUACCUCACCGACCCUAAGUCUGGCAGGAAGUACUAUGUUGGCGCCGACGGCCAGGCUCACUGGGCUUAAAAGAAGCCCUUGUACGGUUUCGGUUUCGACGGGUGGGGUGUUCGGUGUUGGCGUAUGAAUAGCACGCCGGUCAACAUCUGGCAGACUGUGUUUACUGUAGGUAGGGUUUCGGAUGAGUAUUUACAUGGGUCUCGCACUCAUAUUUCACCCACACUUCAACCUAUAUUAUUCGUCUUAGACUGCUAUGCAUUGUAGAUAGUUAUUACACUCUCUUCUCGCCA